AUGGCUAGUCUGCCUCAGCUGUACCGCUCUACACUGCGCCAGUUCGUCAAGAACUCCAUCCACCCGCGCUCGGCUCGCUCGCCGAGCAUCCCGUCACACCUGAGGGUUCUGUUCGAGAGCGGGCGGACGAUUGAGGCGGGUUCGGCGGCGGCGAGCAAGUUUGAGCGAGAUGUCGAGAACAUGGUGGUCUUCUUGCGGGCGCGGAGGAUCCACAAGGAACUCGUCGACCGCUACAACCCCACGCACGAUAUGAGCCAGGCUGAGCGGAUUGAGGCGACAGCACACCGAGUAGGACUGCAAGGGCCGGUUGAGUACGACGCGAGCAACCCCCGGCCACUGCCGAUGGAGGGCGAGACGGAAGGCGAGCAGGGCAAGGAGCAGGAGAACGGCAAGGGCAGCUUGCAGACGAUGUUUGCGCCGCAACAUUAG